AUGAUAUGGGAGUAUUAUAACGGUAAAAUCCUGUUUGUCACAGGCGGAACGGGAUUCGUAGGGACGACAGUCCUCUAUCGACUGUUGACCCAGUCGACUCCAAAGCAUGUGAAAGCUCAGGAAAAAUGGAACGCCAUGCUUCCAAAACCACUUGCCAAUGUUCUCACCCAGAGCCAGCGCAUGACGAUUCUGGACGGCGAGUUGGGCGAUACAGCGACGAUGAAUCUUCCCGAUGAUGACUUACAGAUGCUCAAAAGGACUGUUCAUAUCAUCAUUCAUGCCGCAGCCUCAAUUGCGCUGAAAAACUCGCUGAGAGAACUUUCUUAUACUGUCAUUGCCCCAACCCUGUGUCUGACGAAUUAUGCCUUGAAAUUCCCCAAUCUGGAGAAAUUCAUCUUUCUUUCCAGUGCAUAUGUCAACGCCCAUCUGUGGACGACUAGCAAGUCGCAUGACGUGACCGUGGAGGAGAAAAUCUAUGGCCUUAGUCGAGAGAAUAAAAGCCCCUUUCAAGAUGCACCAGAUAUAUGGCGACAAGUCCAAAAAGACGGCACAUCUGACGAGUACGAGGCUCAUGAUUUCCCCUGGCCGUAUGCAUACGCCAAACACCUGGCAGAACGACUUGUUCUAGAAAGAGCCGCUGAAAAGGACGCACUAGACAAGAUCCUAAUCAUCCGGCCUUCCGUUGUUGGCCCUGCUGAGGAAUUUCCAUAUCAUGGCUUUGCCACAUCCUAUUCAACGCCAUCCACAGCCUGUGCUGCGGCCUAUGCGCUACAUCCUGGCCGGAAAAUCGUCCUGGCGACGCGAUGCGAGAAUCCGGACCAAGAAGCAACUAUUGACGAGGUUCCGGUGGAUGUGGUGGCUGAUCGGCUGCUGGUACAUACCGCUUUAGGGACAAGCGGAUGUCUUCAUGCCGUCAGCGGAGAGAAGGGCCGCCUGAGCCUUGAGGACUGGUGGCAUGCAUUCAAGCGCGAGCGCCGUCUACCCUGGAAUGUGAAGCCUGUCUGGGUCAAAGAAGACUGGCAUUCAGUCAAUAUGCACCAGUUGGCCAGGAGCUUCAAGAUCAUCGGGACAUCCUUCGCCUUUGCCGAAGAUAAAACAGACCAGGUCGCUGAGACGUUAAGCUCGGAGAAUUCAGAGAAUCUCAAACUGUACGCAGAUCGAUCGAAGCCAUACCAUCAUACUUUGAUUUCACGGCGUCAUCACAUCCAUGAUAUGGCGAAGUAUAUGGCAAAGAAGAAGAAGUGGCCCGCGUGCACCGCUGGGUUGUUCUGUAGGAAAGGCAACCCACCCGCCCACCAUGUGGAUCUGUUGAACGAGAAGGUUCUCGGUCACUAA